AUGUCUUCCGAUUCCACCGCCAAAGAGCAGCCACCGGCGAAUGCGGAGACAUGUCCGACAUCGUUUCCGAUAUCGUCGUUGCCAGAGGCGGUGGCGUUGAGCUGCCUAGCUCGAGUCUCGAGAUCGGACUACAAAGCAUUAUCUCUCGUCUCCAAGAGACACCGAUCUUUGGUGGUUUCAUCCGAGUUCUACAAGGCGCGAGUGCUAUUAGGUCGCACCGAAGAGUGCCUCUACGUAUGCUUAACCUCCAAGCUUAAACCAACACCAAGGUGGUGCUUCCUUCGCCGUGAACGUAACAAAACCCUAGAAGACGCCAUUAAAACCGUGAAUCGCCUCGUCCGGAUCCCUAAUUACCCCUCUCAGCCUUGA